GAACCGGAAGUUGCAAAUUUCGUAAAAGGUUGUGAAGAAAGCUAACGAAGAUGCAUCCAGAUUUGUCCCCUCAUCUUCACACAGAAGAAUGCAACUUCAUCAUUAGGGCAUUCAGAAGUUGUCAGGACCAGCAUGGUAUCCUGAAAUAUGUUGGUUACUGUGAUCCCUUGUUUUCAGAAGUACAGAAAUGUUUGAGGAAAGAGAGAAUAAAUCGUAGAAUAGAAAACAUAGAAAAUGACAAAAUGAAGAUGAGAGAAUACAGAGCAAGGCUGGCUAAGGGAGAGGCGUAGUCACCAGACAGUGUGGAAAAUCUGUGAUUAAAUGUGACGAUGGAGUGGGUAUACUUGUGUAACGAGAGUAAAAUGAAAGUGUGUUAUAUUCAUGACAGUAUUACAAAGUCUGAAAAGCUCAGAAUGACAGAGGAAAGAUUUCCAGAAUGGGUUGUGCAGUGAAUGAAAACAUGUGACACUGUAAUGUAUUGAGCAAGUUCAGAGUAUAAGAUUAUAAUUGUGUUCAUGGAUGUAUUUGUAAAGGGAAGGAAAGAGUAAAAUUUACUCUGUACUUUUAUUUGUUGUGUGAGGACAUUCUUAGAAGUAAGAAAUAAGCUCUAUAGUUAUAGUUGUGUGUAUGUGUAAAAGGGAGGAACUGUGAAAUUCACAAUUUUUUAAAAAAUAUUUAUUGGUAAUAUUUUUGAAACAUCCACUCUUUAGCUGUUAAAUUAUAUAAUUUAUCAAAAUAAAAAUUUAUAAAGAAAA